AAUUUGCCGUGAAAUUGAUGGGAGAUGAAUAUAGCAGGUGGCACUCCUGUCUCAGUAAAAACAAGAUAGGAAGGUGAAGGAUUUCAUGGUUGGAAACUGCCAGAUGUGGAGGUGGGCAUUUGUUAUAGUUUAUGUGGAGACAGGUAAACAUGCCAAAAUAUGGAAGCCAAGGUGAUUCCCAUCAUUCCUUGCACGUUAUUACCCAAGUCUGUUCAAACUACAAGUAACGGACGGCGUUUAUUACCGCUGCACAGGAUACCAGAAAACUGUGUUCGCUCUUUCGAGAUCAAAUUUUCUGCUUUCUUCAAAUGGGUAUCUGGGAUUCCCUUCUCAACUGGCUCCGGAGUUUAUUCUUUAAACAGGAAAUGGAGCUAUCCCUUGUAGGCCUUCAGAAUGCAGGAAAGACAUCUCUUGUUAAUGCAGUUGCUACAGGAGGAUACAGUGAGGACAUGAUUCCAACUGUUGGAUUCAACAUGAGGAAAGUUACAAAAGGCAAUGUGACAAUAAAGCUCUGGGAUCUUGGAGGACAGCGGAGAUUUCGAAGCAUGUGGGAGCGUUACUGUCGUGGGGUCUCUGCGAUUCUAUAUUUAGUUGAUGCUGCUGAUAGAGAUAGUAUUCCAAUAUCUCGAAGUGAAUUACAUGAGCUCCUGGUAAAACCUUCCUUAAGUGGAAUCCCUUUGCUUGUUCUCGGCAACAAAAUCGACAAGUCUGAAGCUCUUUCAAAGCAAGCUUUGGUGGAUCAGCUAGGUCUUGAAUCAAUUGCAGAUAGAGAGGUGUGCUGCUAUAUGAUUUCAUGCAAGGAGUCGAUAAACAUAGACGCUGUAAUUGACUGGCUUAUCAAGCACUCAAAAACAGUAAAAUGAUGGAUAUUUUGACCUUGAUUCUAGUCAGUCUUGUUCUCUAAAGUGAUGAAGGUGAAGAUACUCAAGCUUACCUUCAGAAAUGGUGGAAUUUAUUUCCUUUAUCUGGUUGUGCUUGAAGCAUUCUGUACAGCUGUAGAACUAUUCAGACAAGUUGUUGAUGCAUUGUUUUAUUUUUAUCAAUUUUCCUUUAUAUGAUGAUAUUGAGCAUUGGGUCAA